AUGUUCGGCAUAAGCUCUAUUGUCAAUUUGAAAGGAUUUAUUGGUUUCGCCGUGUGUAGUACCGUGUUGUUCUGUAUAUACAUAUCAAUAUAUUCUAAUGGAAGCGCACUUAACUAUGAAAAGGAUUUGCAGACAACUUUAAGAACCCAGCCAAGGCUGUUUAACAUUGCAGUGAAUGCCAAUUCGUAUUUGAGCAAAUGUCAGAGAGCUACGUUAAGGGUACCUGGUGGAUCACAGGCGCCUAUUUGUGUAUAUAAAGCUAGUGAGGAUAUUUGGGUCUCGGGCUCCAUUAUCAAACAUCAAAGCUGGGAAUGGGAAAAUGUUGUCACAGUUUGGAAACUAAUGAAACCGGUAAAAGACAUGGCUUUUCUUGACCUCGGAUGCAACAUCGGUGCAUUUACCAUUCCAAUGGCCAAACUUAGGCGCAGGGUGAUUGCGGUUGAUGCGAAUAAGGAAAACCUUAAGAUGCUGGCAGCGUCUCUUCAUCUUGGUGGACUGGAUGUAAAUGUAACCCUUGUAUGGAACGGCGUAUCGAAUGAAACGAAAUAUGUACAUCUUGUCCCAUCCACGAGCAAUGUUGGUGGUACAAAGAUAGAACAAUCGGUUAUACAAAGUCCUACAGACAAUGAAAAUAGUAUCAUUACGAUACAGUUAGAUGACAUGGUAACAAAAUGUGGUUCUGGUCCAUUCUUCAUGAAAAUGGACAUCGAGACUCAUGAAGCAAUGGCACUUCGGGGUGCUGCAACAUUCUUCAAAGAAAUUGACGUACGUUAUAUACUUAUGGAAUGGAUGCACUAUAAGGAUACGAAAGAUAAAAAGGAGGGCUCGUUCAUAACUGACUUCCUUUCUAAGAAUUCAUUCAUCCCGUGUCGAAUAUCUGACUCAAAAGAACUAGUGAUGGAAGAUGCAUACUCAUCAUGGCCAAAUGACAUUUUGUGGAUAAAGAAAUCAAUUUAGUUGUCGUUUGGGUGUUAAACGGAAUGAAUAGUUUAAAGUAUAGUUGUGUAUGUUUAUUAGUUUACAAGAACAUUUAAUAUGUGAUAAAUCAUU